AUGGUGCCGAGGCAACUGAGCCAGGCGAUGCACACCACCAAGCCCAAAGUGCUCGCCCACUUCAACUGGCUGUCCCUACCAGCCGUCGCGAAUGGACCAAGCAAGGUGCUCGUCGUCAAAGGCGGAUUGAGUGGCAUUGUAAUGAUCUAUCCCAGCGCAACUGCGACAGCUGACAUCACCGUGGUUGCUCUGAUGGAAUGGUUUAUGUCAUUUGUCGUUGUGUCCACAUUUGUUUGGAUUGUGGCAGUCACUUCAUGA